GUCUUCCACCUUGGUACAAUCAUGGGCUGGCAUGGCCACCAUCAAGGCCAUCGAGGCCAAAUCAGUACAUCAGAUCCAGUCUGGUCAAGUCAUCGUUGACUUGUGUUCUGUGGCGAAAGAACUGGUUGAGAACAGCCUGGAUGCGGGUGCCACUUCAAUCGAAGUUCGCUUUAAGAACAAUGGCCUGGAUUCAAUUGAGGUGCAAGAUAAUGGAUCCGGAAUUUCUCCUGCCAACUACGAUAAUGUCGCUCUGAAGCACUUCACCUCGAAAUUGUCUAACUAUGACGACCUCUCGAGCCUGCAAACUUUCGGUUUUCGAGGCGAAGCGCUUUCUUCCCUCUGUGCUCUGUCCAAAUUCAAUAUGACUACUGCGCAAUCAGACGAAGCGCCAAAGGGCAAACGCCUCGAAUUUGACACCUUAGGGCGACUGACAUCCACCAAUAUUGUGGCUUGUCAGAAAGGCACAACUGUUACCGUCGAGGGCUUGUUCGAAAGUCUGCCUGUGCGGAGGAAAGAGCUCACCAAGAACAUCAAACGGGAAUAUGGCAAAGUCCUUGGCUUGCUGCAAGCCUAUGCUUGUAUCUGCGUCAACGUUAAGUUUACCGUCAAGAACACCAUGCCAAAGGCCAAAAGUAUGACGGUUUUCUCAACGAAGGCCAAUGCCAGUACUCGAGAGAAUAUUGCCAACGUUUAUGGUGCGAAGACUUUGGCGGCCCUGAUACCCAUAGACUUGGACCUAGACUUUCAACCAACGCUCACGCAACUGGCCCGCAAAGAUAAGUCCAAUGGCAAGAUCCAUGUCAGAGGUCACAUCUCGAAACCUGUCUUUGGAGAGGGAAGGCAAACUCCGGAUCGGCAAAUGUUCUUUGUUAACGGCAGACCUUGUGGCCUGCCACAGAUCGCUAAAGCCAUCAAUGAGGUAUACAAGUCGUUUAAUGUUUCUCAAUCACCUUUUGUCUUUGCAGAUUUCCAAAUGGACACGAACGCCUACGACGUCAAUGUGUCACCAGACAAGCGGACUAUACUACUACACGAUGCAGCGGCUCUUGUCGAGAACCUGAAGACUGCACUGGAUGAUAUGUUUGAACAACAGGAUCAAACCAUACCACAAUCUCAGCUGCAAGCGCCUAGGCUACCAGCUUUCCAGAAGCUGAACUUUCAAAGUCGUCCUCCCUCAGAUUCGCCAGAGUCCGAAAGCCGGCAGGGGUCAGUACGAGAAAGAUCUUUACUCAGUGAUGACAGCUCCAUCGACCACGGAGCGGAAGGCGGCGAUGACGAUGGUUCAGCUUCCCUCUUGCGUGAACACUUUCGAAACUUCACCAGCACAAGAGAUGAGAGCGAAGUGCAUGGAAAGAUGCCAGAAAGCCUUCUUAAAGACCGGGAAAGGCGAGCUGAGAAGGUGGCUCGAAGAGUCGCAGAGCAACACGAGAAAUUUGAGGAGCAGGACGAGUAUGAUGAUGUACUUGAAAUUCAGGAGACGGCGCCAACCCAAGAGACAGAGCAGUCGCAGGACGAUCCUGUCAAGAUCCAUGUUCGGGACUUCAACGAGCGAAUGGCGGAGCAAGGAUCUAGAUCGGCAAGUAGAAAUCAUUCCGCGUCCUCCAGCGACGUCGAGAGGGCUUCUGAAAUCCGAUCACUGAGCCAACAGGCCAGCAAGGAAGACAAAGGCGUGGUACCAAAUGCAUUUGACAGGAUGAGGCCGAAGAGGGUGCCCGCGGAAAUUGCUACAGUGACAAUUGGUGACAAGACCAUUACGACUGUCAUCGGAUCUCAGUUGCCUAGAUUUCCUGAAAUCAAGGGGAAGCGAAACGGUCAGGGCGGCGAGACUCCGUCAGGGGCACAGCGUACGAAAUCCGCAGCAGCAUUCCAGUUCUCUCAAAAGCUACGCAAUUUUGGUGCUCAGAGCACUCCGGACGAGGAGGGAGAUUUAGAGACACGCGUAGAGCAAUCUGACUCUUCAGAUGAUGAUUCAGAAGAGGUCGAAGAGAGAAGUUUGGAUCAAAAUGCUACUACCAAGCAGACGGACGUCGAUGAAGACGAGGUAGAGAUGGAAGCAGUGACUCCGAAAGAAGACCUGGACAAUGGAUCAGAUCCUGAUUACAUUGACGAACAAGAGAAGAAAAGGUUUGAAGAAGCCCGGGUUGCUGAACUCAUCCGGAUUGCUGAAGAAAGUUCUGCCCUACCCAGCAAAGAGAACCUGAAGCGAGCUACAAAAGCACUUUCUGGUGGUCGGGUCAAGGAUUCCACGACCAGCCUUUUGACGGCUAUUGACUUCUCUAUGGAGUCCGUGACUCUGGGCAUGCGGCAGCUUACAGAAAUGGGCAUGGCGACUGAGGCAUUACGAGUCCAACAAGACUACAAUCCUGUUGCUCAAGAUCCUGAAGCCCAAUUGUCUCUUACUGUCUCCAAAGGGGACUUUGCAAACAUGGACAUUGUGGGGCAAUUCAAUCUCGGCUUCAUUCUGGCAGUGAGAGCCUCUAGCGAAGGAGACAAUGGCAUGUCUAGAUCCAAACGGAACGAAUUGUUCAUCAUUGACCAGCAUGCAUCAGACGAGAAGUACAACUUUGAACGACUCCAGGCAGAGACCGUCGUCGGAAAUCAGAGGCUAGUCCAACCUGUGACGCUCGAUCUGACAGCAGUGGAGGAAGAGAUUGUUCUCGAGAACAACGUCGCGCUAGAAAAGAACGGCUUCGUUGUCGAGAUUGACACGAGCGGACAAAGCGUUGUAGGGCGGAGAUGCAGACUUGUCAGCUUACCCUUGAGCAAGGAGGUCGUCUUCAACACACGAGACCUGGAGGAGCUCAUUCAGCUGCUUGCGGAAGCACCUGGUCUGGGUACACAAAGCAGGCAUGGCGUUCCUCGGCCAGGCAAGGUCAGGAAGAUGUUUGCCAUGAGAGCAUGCCGGUCGAGCAUCAUGAUUGGCAAGACAUUAUCGAGAAAGCAGAUGGAGAAGGUCGUGUCGCAUAUGGGAACCAUUGAUAAGCCCUGGAAUUGUCCUCAUGGUCGGCCAACGAUGAGACACCUAUGCAGUCUGAAUACCUUGCAGCCGUGGAUAGAGGGUGAUAUGGAGGAUGGCGAUGAACCUGUAUCAUUGGGAGAGGCACUGCAAAGAUAUGCAACCGAGUAGUAUAUAAGUAUAAUUUGGUGUUACA